AUGUACCAGUUUUUCAUGAAGGCGUUUCGACAAACGGCCCAUCCUGUGCGGGAGAUUUCGCACCAUGGGAACUUCGUCAGCUGUACGAAGUUCAGUCCCCCGAACCGGCCGCUAUCGCUGAUCGCCAUACGCAUCUGCAAAUCUUCGCCUUACCGCCCCAUCUCCCCGGCCUUCCUGUCCAAGCGCCCCAUCAACCCCAAAUCCAUCUGGAGAGCAUAA